AUGACUAAAACAUCUCAAGUAUUUUCCUUUUUGAUUCAGCUUUAUGUACCUGGUUGCACGAGUUUGACUCCUGAGGGAGUGAUUCGGGCAGUGGAGACUCUAUCACAACAUUCUCACAAUUUGAAUAGCCUAAUGAUUGGUGGCAUUUACAACAUAGAGAAUGAACACCUUGAAGUCCUCAAGUACCAUCUUCUCAAAAACGGAUCGCAGCAGCAGCAACAACAACAGCAACAACGUCGUCUGUACCACAAGUACAUUGAGGCAUGGAAGUUGUUGAGGAACGAAUACAUGGCAAUGAUUGAUGUAGAAAUGUGCCCAAAAUGCCAGGAGAUAGGGAAAGUUUAUGAUUGCUCAAGGGAGAGAUGCAAGAUAAAGCAAGAGCAGAACUCUGGGGCAGAGUGCCGAGGUUGCAGUGGCUGCGUGCCAAGGUGCGAAGAAUGUGGGGGAUGCGUAGAUGGUGAUGAAACAGAGGAGGCUGUAUGUGCGGGUAUCUUGUGCACAAGUUGUUGGCUUCAGCUUCCCAAAUGCAACCAUUGUAAUAGGCCAUAUUGCACGCGACACCGUCAGAAUGUGGUAAGUAGCUCUGCUGCUGGGUUUGUUUGUGAAGUUUGUAUUGAAACUUAGCAUACUUAAAUUGUGAUCCAAUAUGUAGAUGAGAGUAAAACAAAUUAUAUGAAAAUAUGAAAUACAAAUAUGGUAUCCUCAACCAUGUCA